UCCAACAAUCACGCGAUAUAAAAUCGUCUUAUCUCGAUCCCGUUGCUUCAACGAGCCUCCUUUUUUCUUACGAUCUCUGAAACGAUCGUCGCGAAAACGAGUUACGUUUCAGUUUAAUCGUGGAUCCGCGACGAUUUGUGUCUUAUCGUUGCCGAUAAGACUUGGUGAAAAUUGUGAUAAACGUGCGUUUUAUGAUUCUUAUCGUUUACUAUAGAACAUUGUGCGGGCUCAUCGAUGCCAAUUUGGUACCGACGGAUAUGUCAUGGUAAUACAAUGGUGCACGGUGAAUACACAGAGUGAAUAAUUUUAAAGGCUCGCCACGUUUCGCUUUCACUUGUAUCGAUAAAAGUUUCUGACGUUUCGAGAUUUCAACAAAUUAUAGUUCGCCGAACCUUUUUAUUAUCCUAUCCGCCUUGAAAGCUAUUGUGCUCUGAACUUUCGAAUUCGUCUAUCGCCAAGGUAAUCGGCGAAAAUAUACAACUAGUGGAGGCGAGCGCGCGUUCUUGUUACGCCACGUGCCAUACAGAGAUAUGUCGACUGUCAUGGGGGUCACCGGUGAACGGCACCGUCAAUUCUAUAUACAAGAAGAGAAAUUCAAGAAAAUUUCAAGCAGUAGGAAAUGGAUAGCUUCGAUUUAACGAUUCCUCUUUACAAGCUUUGAUAUCAAACACUUAUUGAUAGAAAUUUUUCAGAGAAAUUCAUUUUUACUAAUAGAAGAGGAUAGGCAGACAAUUAUUUCGCACACGCUUAUCGUUGAUAGUCUUUUAAGAUUCCUUUGCCGUUCUAAUCGGCUGAACUUCGCACCACCUUGAGCAACCUUAUCGGCGCAUACACGAACGUGGCAACGUGUGUUACGUGGUGGUUCACGAUGGUGCAUCGAUCUAACCUGGUGCUAAUUAUGCACCCAGAAUCGAGAACACCGACCCUCUUGCACUUACGGUGAUGAUUUCCUUAUUUUUUAAUUCUUGGAUCGUCAAAAAUCAUUCGCGUUAGAAAUUGGACGAACAAAGAAAAAUAAUCGUUGUUGCAUCUGAAGCAGUAAAGCGCGACCUCGACGAACCCAGCAUCUUUUUGGACAAUUAAUCUAAUUUGUGUUACUAUCGAACCUAUUCAAUUAAUAAUCAACGAGAUAUAAAUGUUUCGAGUAAUCACGGUUGCGCGUGAAAUAAUCCAAGUUGAUCUGGAUGAACCCUGAAUCUGCCUGGACAAUUAAUUCAUCGUAAUGAGAUACUCCGAAGCUUAUUGAGAGUAUUAAUAUACAAUAAUCGAGAUAUAAUCUAACCCCUUGAAUCCCUUUGGGGGAAGGAAACACGACUGAUUUGACCAGUUAAGAAACGACUUGAUACCUUUUUAAGUCGAUUUAUUGAAAAGGAAGUGUACUGGUGUUACAAAUCUUGGCAAGAUGACAACGCUGAAGAAGGAUGAGAAAAGGGCUUCGAAGAAAUCAAAGAAGGGGAGCCAGAAAGCAUCCAGUCGCAGCGUGAAGCCGGUAAAGGAAGAUCGUGUAAGGAACAAGAAGUCGAAGGAAGAAUCAGGUACAACGUUGGAUGAACCAGAAAACGGGUCACUGUGCUAUAACAUCAAAGUCGAUGUACCGGAAGAGGUGACGGAGAACCCGGUAAAGAGUGGCGGAAAAUUCGAACGCAAGUCAUCGUUUCGUCGGAAACUCGGUUUACUGAUAAGACACAGUACCGAGUUACCGGCGGCGAUAAACCGGGGUCUGGAACCCAUUAAACGUAGUCUAAGCUUUAGCAAAGAUUUAAAUCGAUUACACGAACCCAACAAACCAUACAGGGCGCGUGGCGCUCAUUGGUACAACAGUUUGGUGUCCUUGGCAGAGGAUGAGUGUCUGGAUGAACCGGAUGUUGCUUCGUCGAGGAACAGCGUGUCUGAAGAAUUUCUUUCCCCGAAGGUUCAAGUCACAAGGACCCAGAGUCUCAUCGACACCACUUUUGCUAGAAGUCCAAGGCGACGGGUGAACGAGCUUUUGAAUCGAACCGCUCCUUACGGACGACACAGCGAUCACUAUGACUCCACUAUAGAUUUGAGUAAACCACCCUGCGAGGCUAGUAGCCUUCCGGUUCUAAGCCAUACUUGCAAUAAUGAAAAUUGCAGCGUACCUCACCGUGAAUGGGAGCAACAGGUCAGGAGCGAAUGCAGAAGCCUGAAAGCCGGUGUUCGAAAUUUGUCUCUGCUGCAUGUCGGACAAUUCUCCGCGAACCAUCAGAAGGUGCGUUCGAGGUCGUUGACCCAGUUGGACGCUCUGGGCAGCAGCAUGCUGGACACGGGAGAUCACCAUCUGGGGGGUGGACCCUCGCAGCAGCAACCCCAUCACCUCCACCACCACUAUCAACCUCAAAAUGUAGAAAGUAAUCCUCGUUUUCUUGUGCCUAACGCCGCGUCCGUCGAGUCCGCCCAUCAAAAUCGCUCCAGGCACAAAUUGUCUCGAUCACAGGUAUCUAGUAGCGAGUACUUCAGUGUCAGCUUCGACGUCUCCGACGAAGCGAGUACCUUAGACCGGGACGAGUUUUUACCUGCUACAAAAGGCACCUGUCUGGCCGAGGCGUUGAACACUGUUUGCGAGAGGCGAGGUAUCGAUCUGUCACGGAUCGAAGUUUUCGACGGUUUCUCCCCGCCAUUGCCGAUCCUGACAACAGACACCUCGAGCCUUGGUGGAAAACACUUGCGAAUAACAGUGAAGGACAAUGACAAAUCGAACUCGAGGUCGACGAAUCAGAGGGCCAACCAAAGCGCUUCGCUGAGGAAAACAAGCGGGAGUUAUCGAAGUCGCAGCGGUCGUUUCUUCAGCGUAUCCACGGAGGACUCGAGCGUCGACUCCGAGGUCAGCAGCAGCACCACGCUCACUUCCGGUCGGAGUUCCGCUGGGGCUGCGGGACUCAAGACCAGUAAACAGCGUUGGAGUGGCUUUUUCACGAAUACGAAGGGUACCAAAUUGGAUCUACUCACUGCUCAACUGGACGAAUACGAUAAACAUGGUGUACCAAAAGUCACGGACAUUCAACUGCCCUAUGAACUCACCCUCAACGAAGAUGCCUUGUACAGCUUAGAGGAAGACUGGCGAGUGAUUGUACAAAAUUCAGAUCAAUUGUCAGAAAAACAACAGCAACAACAGACCGCUCUAUGGGAGUUGGCUCAAACGGAAGUGGCUUAUAUCAAGACACUAAAGGUCGUGACAGACCUGUUCAUGGCGUGUCUGUGCAGCCUGCAGGCCUCGAAUAUCCUGAACGAGGUCGACAGGUCGAAACUAUUUAGCAAUAUACCCGAGAUCCACGCCGCCAAUCGUUAUUUCUGGACAGAAUACGUAUUGGCGAUGGUGAACUCUUCGAGAACUACUGGUCAAUCGCUCGAUCCUGGACACCUUUUGCAAGGUUUCGAGACGUUCGAGCAAACGUUCGCACCGUACACCAGAUACUGCGCCGAACAGAGCAGGUGCCAACAGUACUGCAGAGACCGUUUGAAUGAUAAUCAAUUAUUCACGGUCUAUCUGGUGUGGUGCGAGACUCAGAAGGACUGCAACCGGCUCAAACUCCUCGACAUAUUGGUUAAACCUAUGCAGAGGCUGACCAAAUAUUCGCUCCUUCUGAAGGCGGUUCACAAAAACACGGAGAACGAAGAUCAGCGAGCGGAAUUGACGCACAUGAUCAAAUCUGUAGACGAUUUCGUGGCAUCGGUGAACGCCGCUUUAAGGAGGAACGAAGAGACAGCACGAUUGGCUGCCGCUGCCUCUCGUAUAGAGAGCUACGAUGUGGUGGAGUCUAGAGACGAAGAAUUGGAAAAGUUGAUUAAGACACACAGUAUGUUUGACAUCACCACCGUGCCAAUUCCUGGUUGUCCGAAAGACACGUUGAGGGUGCUUCUUCGUGAAGGAGAUUUGAAGUUGAGGGACGCUGCUAGCAGUAAGAUGGAAGUACAUGUACUGUUGCUGACAGACAUGCUAUUGAUCUGCAAGCCGUCUACCAAGAAAACCUCUUCCAGCGGUCUAAGUGGAACCGCCGGUGGUUGUCUGAAGAUAAUAAGACAACCGUACGUGAUCGAUCGCAUCCGAAUAUACGAACUAAAAGAGCCAAGCAGCUUAGGAUUGGUAUAUCUGAACGAAUACGGGGCGGCAUCAGCUGCUUUGGUUCUCAGCGCUGGAGAAUCAAAGCUGGCUAAGUCUUGGAUGGAAUCCAUAAGAAAGGCUCAACAACAAUUCGCGUUAAUGAAGGUACCACCGCUUGGAGGUACCAUAAGCCUAGGAGCAGUUAAUCGACAACCCAGUACUUUCCUUGGGGAUGUUGAUUUUGAGGGUGAAGAGUGCGAGGGUAUUCCAAAGACUCCUCGAGGAAGCAGCAGAGCCUCGAGAGUAAGCAGUCUAGCCCACAGUCACAGUCGCGAAACUGUUUCCAGUGGAAGCAUAGAAAUGGAGGGUGUAUCCCCGGGAAGCAGCAGCUUCUUACCCAGCUACAAUCCAAGCAGAAACGUCAGCGUAGAAACUAGCGAACCACCGCGUGCUUCGAGCGUGUCGUCCGAGGAAGGAGGUGAGAGUUCCGGACACAAUCACAGACCAUUGCAGAUAAGUCCUAACAAAUUUGAUAAUAGACGAUAUCUGCUGAGUAAGUCACCGACGCCCAACACGCUGAGCGUCCAAGUGCCAGCCUACUCUAAUUUGGGCCAAUCGCUGCCAAACUUGACCCUAGCCACCUCGCCACAAACAUCGACCGUGUCUCCGACACCGCCAAACUCACUUCUUAUCGUACCCCAAAUAACAAAGAGCAAGGACACUUUGCUUUCACCAGGGCACCGAGGUAGUAUCUCGUAUCCACCACCGUCACCUCCGAGAGGUGCUCUCAGAAGAGCAUUCGCGAUUCCACAGUCACGAAACCCACCCCUCGUUAAAACAAGACAUAUAAGCACGUCUGUGACCCAAACGGUUCAGCCUACGAUGAACCUGGACACGGAAGCCAUUGAGGAGAGACGAAGAAGGCUGGAACCUUCGCACAGGAUGCCAUCGACGAGCAGCAUCGCGGAGGAAAAGAAAUGACGAGAACUAGGAUACAAGAGUAACCUACCAAGAAGGUAAAUUGCUAACGGACCAUCUACUAAUUUGAUGAGGGUGUACGUGAUACGUCGUGUUUAGAAACAAGACGUUGCUUUCUGUUGUCUGUAUGCAAGUGCUGCACACACUUUCAUGCAGAAUCAGAAAAUGGGUUCAAACGAUCGGAAAUGAAUUCAAUUUUGAAAUAGACGAACGUCUCGUACUCCCUUGUGCCUACGAUAUGAAUCGAGCAAUUUUACAAUCGAUUGGGGCCAUUCGAAAUCAACGCGAAGUUUGUACCACGACCGUAUCGUUGUAACUUAUUUGAUUCUAGCCGUAUAACUUCUUAGGUCUCAUUUUGUAAAUUAAUCAAAGAUGAACUGAGGCUAAAAAACGACUCACGUUUCACAAUGUUACCCUAGUUCAUUUAGAAUUCUAAGCGACGAACAGAACAGAAUAAUAAAAAAUGGCCUACUUAGAGUAAUUAAUCUUACGAGGACUAUUUAUCGUGAUUUUAAGUUUAGACGAGUUAUAAUGCUAGCUGAAUUUAAGACGCCUCUAGUGAAUAAUUUUAACACUUAACAACCAGUUCGAGUUCACGAUUUAACGAAUAUUCAAAGUUAAAUAACAACGCGAACAAGUUUUAGAGGAUACACGCGCGUAGAAAUAAAUUACACUUUACGUAGAUGAGAAAUUGCGCUAAUUCCUCGUACAAGCUUCGGUAUAAAAGUAAUUUAAAGAGAAAUAAAAGCGUGAAAGAAUACGAGACGCAUCAAUGAGCGAACGAGAAAGGAAGAAGAUAGAAAGAUAUGUUUACUUUAAGUACAAAUUCGAUUUCGCAAUAUUUUGUUCAAGAGACUGAACUAAAAAUGAAUCGGGGCUGUCGACGAAUGCCACCCUAACUAGAGACAACAAUACGUAGAGAGAAAACAAGAGCAAUGAUUUUAUACGAGCUCCUUAUGUAAGGUUUCUUUUGACCCCCUCAAAUUUUCGCAGCUUGCAUUAAGCUUAAAGAAAAAAAAAAGUGUUAAAUUAUCGUAAAAAGAAUAAUCGAUUGUGCGUGUAUGUACGAUCGCUCGCGAUCAAAGUCAAAAUAUAGUACAUAAUUUAUUAAA